AUGGGCAGUACGCUGAGCACUGGAAGCCAGGGUAACAGUCAAGAUCCGGAAAAGCGAAAAUUAAUCCAGCAACAGCUGGUGCUUCUUUUACAUGCCCAUAAAUGUCAGCAGCGUGAACGAUCAGGAGUAAGUUACUUCUUCUUCGGACCUUGUUGGGGGAGGGGGUGGGGACGAGACAACGUAAAUGGCCGAUCUACAUGUACUUUACCGCACUGCGCAACGAUGAAGGACGUUUUACAGCAUAUGACAUCGUGCAGCAGUGGACGCGCUUGUAACUAUGCUCAUUGCGCAUCUUCACGACAGAUCAUAUCUCAUUGGAAAAAUUGCGUACGUGAUGACUGUCCGGUAUGUAAACCGUUAAAAAGCAUACAGAAUGUACCAGCACCCGAUCGACGCACUGUUUCUGGCUCCAGUGAGUUUUUAUUUCGCAUUGUGACUGUUUCAGCUGUAUUUUGUUUUGUUUCUGUUGCAGUUAUUUUUGCUGAAAAUAUCAAAAUCAGUAGGGAAAUCGGUGUGGGUGAUCCAUGUUACUGGUAUUACUGGAUUGCUCUUCUGUGUGCCAAACGCAGCUAA